CAACUAGAAAUAACCUAAAGGGUCGCGUGUACUAUUUUCAUUUUCAGCUAGAGCGGGGCUAGGUGCGAAUAUUGCUUCAUUCAUGUGGCUGCAAGCAAUCCUGACAUUACAGGAUUAUACCAUACAGAACGUGAGUUUUCUUGCGCUGGCUGAUAUCUCAGCCGGGCACCGAAAUGCGGCGAAGCAAAGGCUUUCUUCCCCCAAUCCCGGCCCCAAUCGAAAGGUGACCGUAGUGACACAGCAUAAGAUAUCCGUCACAUUCACUCUGUACAAGAAACAAUUGCUUUUCAAGCUGCUCAACCCUAUUUUAUUGCUCAAUAACCACACAUCGUACAUUCCACUACCUGCUAUUAUAAUCAAGAGGGGAUCGUCGAGGAAAAUUGACAUCAUGUUCAAAGCAACGAACAGUCAUCAGUUGAUGAUUGUCAUUUUCCCAGUUGUAGCAGUACUCGUUGCGACAGUUUGUGUCGUUUUGCGGUUCCGUGCGAGGCAGUUACAGCAGCUAAAACUCAUGUGGGACGACUGGCUAUGUCUUACCUCACUUGUAUUGACAUGGGCAUUCCAAGGAGUCAACCUCGCGGCUGUCUUUGUGGGAGGUGCCGGCCUUCCAAUGUCAACAGUUAUUAGCACCAACCCGAAUGCGUUGGCGACGUUCCUCAAGAUUGUCCUCGCGAACUUCUCGUUAUGGAUUGUGACUGUGACUAUCGUCCAACUCUCCAUUCUGUCCUUCUAUGUCCGAAUUUUCGGGGUUCAUGCUCCCUUCCGUCGAAUCUGUUACGUUUUUAUUGCUCUCAUUGCGGCGUUCGGUAUUGCUGGUUUCUUCUCAGAAGUCUUUUCCUGCCUACCUGUCAGCAAAACGUGGAAUCCGUCAGAACCAGGCCACUGCGUUUCCUCAAAGCCAUACUGUACCUCCAUUGGACUGAUACACUGCCUGUUCGACUUGGCCAUCCUCGUUCUUCCUUUGCCUCUGAUCUGGAACCUCCAGGUAGCGACACGAAGCAAGAUUGUCAUAUCCGUUCUGCUGACGCUGGGCCUUAUAGCUACAAUAAUAUCUCUGUUAAAAAUAAGCUGCUUGAUUGAUCUAAGCGGAAUUCCUCCCGAGGAUGUAACUGGCAACCUGUGGCUGACAAUUCUACUCCAAACCCUAGAACUUCCUAUAGGUAUCGUUUGCUGUUGCGUCCCCAUCUUAAAGCCCGCGGUAGCAGGUAUUUCACCGCUAUUCCGAUCCAUGGCCAGUCGCCUGUUGACCUACACGCAAAGGAGUCGCAGUACGGCGAAUAGGUCACAAAGAUCGGAUUUGGAGUCUAAAUACCGCCAAGAUUCGACUGUUGGCUUCAGUCGUCUUGAAGAUACAUCCAGCCAGAUUGAGCUAGGCAGCCUAGGCAAUAAGUUAUCUAUUCAGGCAGAGGGACACGAAAUGACAUCAACCCUAGGAACAAACCCCAAGCACGAAAGAGCUAUUAACGUUACAAACUCCUAUACGGUUAGCAAACAAUGAAGAGAUGCGGCUACAGGGACAGUGCGUGUUGCUGGCGUAUUAGGUACUUUAUGUCUUCCAUGACGCUACUGGUGGCUAUAAUGAUAUGUUGGGCAAAGCUUAUAAUCGUGUCUGAGAGGUGAAGAUAGGCAGUGACGGUGGCUUGGGUGGAGGAAUUUCUUCAUAGGAUUGUAUUAUUUUCCGCGCUUAUCACUCGGGUAGCUAGUAUCGACGUAAAGUCAACAUUUAAUCUCCCUCCAUUUGGCCGCUCAAAGCGCCUGACUUAAGUCAUUAAUUAUGUACUACCCAGGUACUUAUAUUAAGUGUUUUGUAGAUAUAGGAGGUAGG